AGAUUUCCACGGUGGGAGUGGAGAAAAGCAGAGUUUCACUUCACCGACUCUUUUUUGCGUUUGCUUUUGCAAUCUUUUGGGAACAUACAUGCCUGCCCCCAUUCUAUUUUCACGAAGGGACUGUCCGCGUUGAGACGGCAUCAAUGUUUGCCAGUCUCAUGUGUCCGACGUGGUUUCUGCUUCUCCUGGGAGGUUUCGUCCUGUUAGGAGUGGCACGGGUUUCAGGAAUUGAGAUCUACGCACCGUCAGAGGUGGAGGCGGUCAACGGGACUACGGUUAGACUCAAGUGCACUUUCCGCUCCAGUCACCCUGUGUCGGAUCAAUCUGUUGUCGUGUCCUGGAACUUCCGUCCACUGAAUUCUAAAAGAGAAGAAUCGGUGUUCUACUACCAGGAGGUGGCGUACCCUCCUAAAGAUGGCCGCUUUAAAAACCAUGCAGUGUGGUCAGGAGAUGUUUCAAGAAGUGACGCCUCCAUCACCCUGCUUGAAGUGCCUCUAACAUUUAACGGCACGUACAUCUGCAACGUACGAAACCGCCCGGAUGUGCACGGCAAUAACCGGGAGACUACCCUCAGUGUUGUCACCAAAGCUACCGUCUCCGAGAUUACCAUCCUGAUCAUUGCAGUCGUCAGCGGCUGUUUGUUUAUCCUGGUCCUCCUCAGUAUGUGCUUGGCCGUGAAGUUCUACAAGAGGAAGCGCAGGAGCGAAGACAUGGAGAUGCACGCGCAGGAGCCUAAUCACUUGGACCCCGAGCUCCAGCCCAAGCCCAAGGAUCCGGAGCCCAAACCCAAGCGCAAGCGCAAGGACCCGACCGUGUGUAAACCCGCGGAAGCAGCUCAUCUGAUUCGUGUGAAGAAACUGGAAGUUGAUAGCUCAGAUGAUGACGAGUCUGAGGAGAGCAGUGACGAUGAUGAUGACGAUUCUGACGAUGAAGACGAAGAUGAUGACGACGACGAUGAUGAUGACGAUGACGAUGAUGACUAAGCCUGAUGAUGACUUGGCACUUUUGAGUCGUUUGACUUUUGCCCAGCACGAGCGGUAUGAAUUUUUUGUGGUACAAGGUACAAAGGUUUCCCCUUUGUAACGUUACAAUCCAGGCAAGUUUCCCCCUACACUACCAGGAACUAUUAAGCACUAAUUCUUUCAUACAAAGAAUUUUUUUACAAAAUUUAAAUCCAUACUUUGCAUCGUCAUGAGCAGGAAUCAUCCCACACACAUUGGGGCCAUGGUUACAAGUCAGGCAAGUUUACUCCCACACUACCAGAAACUAUUACGUAAUAAAUCUUUUUUUACAA